GAGUCAGGACGCACAGGUCUACCCAUGGGUCGCGACACGCUUGCACUUGUCACCAAGCAAGUCAGCAGGUCUGGCAAGUGGAAGAAUCUCGACUCCGAAGACGAAGACGACCUCCUGAGAGACAUGCAAAAUGAGAAGGAGACAAAGGCUAAUGUUAAAGUGACUGGCCGUGAAGCAGCAACUGACAUCGAGAACACGCUGGCUCGUGUUCAGCCAGAGUUACUCGGCCUCGAGAAGCGUACCGGGUGUAAUAUUAUGUGGAUUCUUGCCCGUGGCAAAAUCAGCGACUCCUUCAUUCCACGUAGCUAUGCCUCCGAACCUCUCCAAACAGCAUUCCUCCACCUAUACAAAUCAACCAUCGAGUCGGUGGGUAUGCAAAUCGAUGCCUACAUCGCAUCAGGAGCUGCUGGUGUUAUCAAGAUGACGACGGGACGCAACACAACGAAGCUACGAGGACAAGUUCGAGAAAUGAUCCGGGUUGGCAUGCAUGAAAUUUUAACUAAAAAUAGAGGCGUCUCCGAGGAUUCAGUCCCCAGUGUUGCUUACAACUCAUAUGAUGCCUUCGUCGUCAAAUGGGGGGUGGAAUUGAGUGGCUGGACAGAGGGCGAAGUCCGGAACCCUGGUAACAUCACUUCGUCUGUCGGACUUGCACGUCUGCAUGCUGCGCUAAAGAACAACGAAUGCUAUUGGCGUGAGCUUACUCAAGAUGAGUGGGAGGCAAAGAAGGAGUCGUUCGAGCAGCAAGUUCUCAAC